UAGGUAUUACACAUCAGGCAAGCGUGAAAGCGUCCUUGACCUAAACAAAAUAAUAUCACCAGAAAUUUUCCUGAGCUAUCAAGUGUAUAUGUGUGAUAAAAAUCAAUGUGGUGCACUUGAAAGCUUCAGAAAAAGAUAAGAAACGCAGCUUGUUUUUUUCAUUUGGCCCACUGUAUAAAAUUCAGUCAAGCAAUACUAUUUAUCAAAUAAUUUUACUACAACUUGUGUUUUUGUGAGUAGUGGCAGAAGGCUUAAAUGCAUUAAGGUUGCCAUCUACAAUGUCAACCAACCUAAAUUUGGAUAUCCUGCACUGAGUCCAAGAAUAGCUCUUUUGUAGGCUUUGCUUCAGUUGACAUAAUUUCCCGAAAGAGAUUAUGGAAACUGGCAUCUGCCGGGGGGCUUGGUCAUUCAUUUUCUGGCACAAGCUCUAAGAAAUUCCGGGCACGUGAAGGAAGCGCUCCCCUACAUGGUCAUCACGUCAGAGCUGUUCCUGUCCGAAAGUAUUUUUUCACAUCCAUUUAUCACGAUGCCUUCAUGUUCUACCGAAAAUAUUAUGUUGGGAUUUAUUUAUUGUUCACACGGCGACACUGGGGGGUUUAAUUAGUGAGUAAAUACUUACAGGAUAAAGAAACUCAAAUGUAUAGUGGCAAGGUUUGACAGCAGCACCCAUUUGAAUGGUUGCUCUUAUCACUGGGUUCACGUUUAAACAUUUCGGCUUCAGUGUGCCGACACAGGCAUGGAAAGUGAAACGCGCAUACUGCAUGUGAAGGCACCACAGACCCCCCACCUUUAACUUGCAAGAGGUCCAUUUAAAAUAAAGAGAAACUGAAAGGACUCGCUGCAUCAUAUUGCAUCACCAACCGAGGUGCCAAAACCGCCUCGCUCAAAAGCUUUCAGACGGUCAGGCUGCGCGCUUUACUCUGGUCUACACAUUUACAGGGAGCAGCAAGUCACCAAGCAACCAUCAGAUAUCAGUUUGUACCACGAAAUUAGUAGCUUAGAGAGCUGCCUUCAUUCAGUCAUUCAAAGGUUAGUCCAAGCUGCAGAGAGACGCGCUGGUUGUGCGCCAGUUUCACAGUUUUCAUGCCAGUGGUUUCACCCACACGGAUGAUCGGGACUGGAUGAAAGUUCCCGUCGGUGGAACAGCAGCCACUACUCGGUGACCAGCCAGUCUGCUGCGAGUCUGGGAGAGAUGUCCCCAUUAUUUAUGGACACCAGUUAUGAAUCCAACAGCUCUGGCUCCCUGUCGCCUGAUGAAUGCAACAGCAACGCAGCUGGAUCAGAGAGAGAAGGAAAGGGACAACACCUGGGAAACAUGGGUACGAAAAGACGAGAGAAGAACAGAGACGCGGCAAGGAAGAGCCGCAGGAAGCAAACGGAGAGAGCAGACGAACUUCAUGAGGAGCUCCAGUGUAUUGAGCGAUCAAACUCUGCCCUUAAAAAGGAAAUUGCUGCACUGAAAAGAGACUUCAACCUCUAUAAAACAGCUCUGGAGCGCCAUGAACCGUAUUGCUGCCUCAGAGCCUGCGCAUCCAGCUCCAGCUCACCUACCUGCCUCUCUGUGUCCCUCUCAGCCGACUGUCAGGCCGGUUCCAGCCCUCCUGGAUGUCCACCCCAGGCCUCAGACUCCUCUUUGGCUACUGCACCUUCACCUACUACCUCUUUAACCUCAAGCCUGGAUCUUCAAACCUUUGACUGUGUUGAAAAUUCUCAUCUCUCAAGUGCAACGUCUUCUUCAACAACUACAUUAGCUUCAUCUUCUGGCUUGUCUACUGAACUCUUCAAUGCCCCCUCCUCCAGCCCAGUGACUGUUCCUCAUCCAUUCUCUUUCUCCACGCUCCCAGCUCCUCACUCUCUUUUUAGCAAAGAGCCUCUAAUCACCUCAAAGUUGACAAACGGUACGUCAGUCUGCACCAGCCUCAUUUCUAACACUAUUUCCUCUAGCAUCCUGACCUCAACUGCUCAGACUCAACCUUUACAAGACACCAUCCAUGAAAAGUCUUCAGCAUCAGCAAAUACUUGUGCCUCUACAUCUCAUUUUGACACAUUGGAUGAAUAUUUAAUGAAACAAACCCCUUUUAUGGUGCCCUCUUACUCCCAUUUAGUGGCAGAAAACGCAGGUCGAGUAACACAAGAUUGUCCCAUGGAUGUGCCCCAGCUUCAUGCAGGUCAUUACAUUAGGAAUCCGGAUGAUUCAAGUCCGCCGUCUUCUCUUUUACUGCCAACUUUUCAAGGUCCUGCUCCUGAGUCUCUUUUAGUUUCACCUCUGGCAAACUUAGAACCAUUUUCUGCUCCUUCCUUUGCCUUAAAGUCAAGUUCUACUCAACAAAUAACUCCUACUCCUGUAUCUUUGCUUUCCCUCCUAAAUGUCCCGAGUCCACCUAGCAUCUCUCAGACUAUCUGUCAUGGCUUUGAUGGACUUAACGCUCAACCUCCACCACUGCUGCCAAUGUCGGGAGAUCUCUCCCUUUCUGAGCUCCUGGAGGACAAUGAUUGGAUCCUAAAUGGGACCAGCAAUCAGUAGCACUACAUGCCACAUGACAAAGGCAGACCAUCAAAAUGGUCAUUUAAUUGAUAUGUUUCAAGUUGUUUAACUGAACUCUGGACACACUCAAAGACAAGUGGUACUAAAUCACAGCAUCAUCACACCUAAUGAUUUAGGUCUCAGGUUAAUAAAAAAAAAAAGCUAAACAAACAAAACAACUGUUAUUUAGCUUGUUGGGAGUCAGAAUGCAGUACAGGCCAGCAGCAGCAGCAACUAUAAAAUGCAAGGAUUUAUGAGUAAGGGAGACAGAUUUUCACAUCUGACAUCCAGCUGGUACUCAUUUAUGGAAAACUAGCAUGAGAAAAUGAACCAGGAGCCAAACUAAUGUCUGGGCUGUUGCACAUAUUCAGCUUUUUGGUUUUUCCUAAAGGGAUAAUCCGGUGAUUUACUAUUACACAUUCAUAAAAUUGGAAGACUCAUAAGAGACAGUACCAGCAAAGGCCAAGAUAUCCUCAUGUUUAGUCCCUCAUUAGCUCCAAUGACUACAUUGAUUCUACAUUGCCUGUAAUACAGCUAAUUAUACAUCUCAUUACACUGGAAAAUCCCACAUUUUUCAAGCCCUGUGCCUCCAGACACAGACUUUCUUUCAUAAAUUUGUAGGCUCAAGCUCUGAUGACAUCACUAUAACACCAUCAGGGUUAUUUUCUUAGUCUUGUCCAGAGCCACAGUUUACUCCCAUGAUGAAGAAACUGACCUUUAUGUCUGAAAUUGAUGGUUUCUCUUUCAUAAUGAUAAGGAGACAUCUAGCUAAGCUUUCAGAGACUGGGGAUACCUUUCCUUCAGACUUUGCUCGACGACAGGCCAAAACUCUGUACAAUACUUGUAAUACUUGUGAGACCAUAUUUACUAGCCUCUGAAGUUGUGAUGUGAUCCAACGAAAAGCCACCAGUUUUUCGAAUACGUGAAUCAAAGUUAGGCGUCACCCCCUUCCUGAAAAUCUGACUCAGCAUUUGAAACUUGGGCACAGUGACUACUUCCCCACAGUUUCAUGGACACAUAAUCAGGAGAACUUUAUAUCUUUGCCUGGAGCAGCUGUUUGAACAUGUAGUAACAGUUCCACAGUUAACCAGUGAGCCUGCACAUUGAUUAUGAUUUAAACUUAAGGAAAUGUCAUUGCUUUUUUUUUUUUUUUUUUUUUUUUUUUUGCUUUUCUUUUUUAACCUCAUUUAAAAUUCACAGUCAAACACACGGUCUCUCAUAUUACUGUAUGCUGCUGCUGAGUAUGUAUGGCCUGCAAUAUGUGAAUCCAUGAAAUAACUUAAGUCAUCCCAUUUUCUGAUUAGUUUUUUCAGUAAAUAGUUUGCACAUCUGUAUUAUUUACCUGUCAAAGUGCAGUUUGCUAAAUAAAUAACCACAGAGGGUGAGUAGGGGCCCACAGCUUAUUUUUGCCCUGGGACCCUCUAGUGAUUAAACCCAGCCAUGAUUGCAUGCAGGACAAAAGGCUGCUAUUAUAGGAACUGUUAUAGGAAGUGGAUUGUACAUUUUUUUUUAAAGUUAGGAACUAGGGUUCAUCUUAUUGAUGAUUGUAUUACAAAGAUGAUUCUGCUUUAUACACAAUGUAUGUUUGUAUAUUGGAAUAAGAGUUUAUUCAGUAUAGAAAUCUGAUUUAGUGUGAGGCUUUGGGUGUGUGUUAUCACUAUUUUGUAUUUAUUGUGCAUUAAACGUUGCAUUAAAUAAUCUUAUUUCACUUUUUUUCAGUUUACACCUCAUUUCUGUAGGCUUUGUAGUAUUCUAAUAUAGCUACAAAACAACAACAAUCAGCUGUUAUUUUUGAAAGAUGAAAAACGUGUUACACUUCAAAUGACAAAGUAAAUUCAUAAGUGUUAACCAACUCACCACUGAUCGGUUCAUUACACUUCAGCUACAGCCUUAGCUGGUCUGAUAUGCCCUGGAGAUGAUGGGAGCUAAUGUUAUCUGACUUUAGAUGGAUAUUUCUGUGUAACUGACAUUACAAGUCCAAAAACUACAACUGUUUGUGGUAGCUUUGUGUCUCUUUUGAGUCAUUUUGCAUCUUGUUUUAACCAGUUCAGAUCUAUAUUUGGUUGCAGACAUUUAGCGUCUGCUUGUACUUGAUCUCUGCCUUUUUCUGGUCAUUUUUGUUUUUUAAGUAGCUUAUGUUUUCACUUUGUGUCUCUUUAUGGCUGUUGUGUGCUUAUAUAUUUAGUUGAUUUUUUUUCUUUUGUAUAUUUGUGGUCAUUUUGCAUCCUUUGUACUUGUUUUAAGUCU